AGAUGAACAUGAACACAUGACAUAUUACAUCAGAUCAUCAUUUAUUUUAUAAAAAGAAAGCCAAAACAGAGAUGUCAUGUGUAAAAAAACGUAUGAUUCAAUAUUUUGUAGAACCACCUUUAGCAGCAACAACUAGAAGUAAUUAUUUUCUGUAUGACUUUUAUCAGUCUCUUUUAGCGUUGGGCAGAAAUUUUGGCUCACUCUUUUUUACAUGAUUACUUCAGUUCAUUGAGGUUUCUGGGUGUUUUCUUAUACACAACUCGCUUGAAGUCCUGCCAAUUGGGUUUUUAUUUGAUCAUAUUUAUAUACCGCCCUAUCUCCCGAAGGACUCAGGGCGGUUUACAGGCACUUAAAAAAACACAUAAAUACAAUAUAAAAACAAUUAAAAAACUUAUUCUAAAAGCCCAAUAAUUAAAAAUAUAGGAAUAAAACCCAAUUUAAAACCCAUAAAUUUAAAAUCUAACUCAGUCCUGCGCAAUUAAAUAAGUAUGUUUUAAGCUCGCGGCGGGUUGAGGUCUGGACUUUGCCAUUACAACAACUUGAUCCUUUUCUUUCUCAGCCAUUAUGUUGUAGAUUUGCUAAUGUAUUUUGCGACCAUUGUCCUUUUGUAUAAUCCUAUAUCAGCCAAGCUUUGACUAUUGGAUAGAUGGCCUCACUUUUGACUCUAGGACACUUUGGUAUACACAGAGGUUCAUGGUCCACUCAAAGAGUGCAAAGUGUCCAGGUCCUGUGGCUGCAAAACAAGCCCAAAUCAUCACCCCUCCACCACCAUGCUUGACGGUUUGUUUGAGAUGCUUGUGCUUGUGUUUGCUUUUUGUCAAACAUGUCACUGUACAUUAAAGCCAGCCAUCUCCACUUUGGUCUGGUCUGUACAAAGGACAAUGUUCCAGAAUUCCUGUGAUUUGUUCAGAUGCAACUUUGCAAACCUCAGCCGUGCUGCUAUGACCUUUUUAGAGACAAGAGGGUUUCUCCUCACAACCCUUCCAAACAAACUAUACUUGUUCAGUCUUUUUCUAAUUGCACUCUCAUGAAUCAUGAAUCUUAACAUUUAACAUGAUAUCGGAAGCCUGUAGAGUCUGAGAUAUAACUCUUAUUCAUCUGACCUUGGGGUGAAUUUUCUUGGAUGUCCACUCCUGGGAAGAUUGCCAACUGUGUGGAAUGUUUUCCACUUGUGAAUAAUCUUCCUCACAGUAGAAUGAUAGAUUUUAAAUUGUUUGGAAGUGGCCGUUUAAACCUUCCCAAAUAGGUGGGCAGCAACAAUUGCUUCUCUAAGAUCAUUGAUUGUGUCUUUACUCUUUGGCAUUGUGUUAACACACACCUCAAUGCCAAAGACCAGGAAACUCCUACAACUUCAGCUUUUAUAGAUAUAUUUUUUUAGCAAUACUUGUCUGCUACUUCACCUCUUUAUACUAUGGAAGCAGUGAGAAAUUUCCUAAUGGUAAGAACAAUUAACCAGCAGAAUGGCUGGCCUUCAGAAGUUGUGGUGCUUCAUCACUGGAGGCUUUUCAGAAGUGACGAGGCAGCCACUUGUCUGAAAUGGUGUAGGGCAGGGGUAGUCAACCUUUUUAUACAUACUGCCCACUUUUGUAUUACAGAGUACUAACUCUGUUAGUAGUAAAAUUUUCUAUUUUUUAUUUUCUAAAAUGUCCACCGGUUUGGGGGGAGAUGCGCGAGCUAUUCUGGGACAAGGCUCUUUUGUUUGCGGUCGCACUAUAUCGCCAUUUAGUUUCACUUACAUAACAUGAACUAAACUUAUGCGCGGGCGAUACAAAUAGUAUAUUUUCAGAAAUUUAAAUUGUCACGGGGAAUUUUAUGAAAACCUAAUGAAAAUGUUUUUAAAUAAUUCUAUGAAAUUUUUUUAAAAAGUCAAUUAAAUUAAAAAGGAAAGUGCUUCAGAAUCGGACAAAACCCCUACCGCCCACCAUGAAAGUUGGAAUGCCCUCUAGUGGGCAGUAGAGACCAGGUUGACUACCACUGGUGUAGGGUCUCCUCCUUAAGCAGGGGCUGGAUUAGAAGACCUCCAAGAUCCUUUCAAAUUCUAUUAAUUUUUUUUGUUGCAAUUAUAUUUUUAUGCCCUGAUAUGUAAAACCAAAGAUAUCAAAGAGGGUGUAGUUUUUUUCCACUUGCCUGUAUUUGAAAACAACCCUUUGCUCUAAGAAUUUGUGAUUGGCCCAGUCAACAAGUGAAUUUCAUCACUGAAUGGAUAUUCAAACUUGGAUCUGGGUAGUCUUCCAUGUGUCAAAUGAAUCAUGAUUAAUUUAAGAGCGUAUUGGAGUAUUGUGGGAUUUUUGUUUUUCAUUGUAAGAUAAUUUCUUUUAUGUACAUUGAGAGCAUAUGCACCAAGACAAAUUCCUUGUGUGUCCAAUCACACUUGGCCAAUAAAAUUCUAUUCUAUUCUAUUCUAUUCUUUUUUCUUUUUUUCUUAUCUUCUGCAACCAUUUUAUGCACAAUUAAAGAUACACUUUUAUCUGAAUUUUAUAGACAAAGAGGAAGGCAAUGAAGAGCAUUCCGGAUAACUGAGAAUAACAAGUAACUUUGAAUAGUAAAGCAAGUCAGUCCAGAAAUCAAAAUAUUUUCCAUUUCCUUCACAGAACCACACAAUUCUUCACUUUCCUCAGCAAUUGAGAGAGAAACGAGAGAAAAUCAGGAAGAGAUUUCGAGCUGGGAAAAGUAGAGUGUGAAAUUCAAGCACAUAUUACAUGAAAAGUCAAGGGAGAUUAUUUUUUCAUUCAGCCAAAGAGGGAAAUAUCUGGACAUCAGUGGGGAGGAAAAGGUAAAUUAGAAACCCAUGUAGAGUAGACAGUGUUCUGGGAGGACGAAAACGGCUUGAAUAAAGCACAACUAAACAAGGGAUCAUCCAUAUUUUUUACCUCCUUAAGAAUAUGAGUUGUGGAAGAGCUCCAUAGGAACAACUUGCAAAUCACACUUGAUUAUGCAGUAGAGGAUUCAGAGUGAAGAAAAACCUUACAUAUAACUUUGGUCAAAACAACUCCAUUGUGGAUCAUGGAAGAACUCACACAGGAGAGAAGCCCUAGAAGUGCACCCAAUAUGGUAAAUGCUUUAGCGAGCAUGGCAACGUGGACUCACCACUUACACCAGAGGACUCACACCAGGGAGAAACCGUUUGAAUAUUCUGAUUGUGAGAAAUGUUUCAGCGAUAAUUCCAGCCUGAUUAGACACCAGAGGACUCACACAGAAGAGAAACCCUUUGAAUAUCCUGUUUGUGGGAAAAGUUUCAGUCAGAAUUCCCACCUUGUUGCACACCAGGGAACUCACACAGAUGAGAAACCAUUUGAAUGUCCCGAUUGUGAGAAAAGUUUCAGUACCAAUUCCAGCCUUGUGAAACACCAGAAGACUCACACAGGAGAAAAACCCUUUGAAUGUCCUGAUUGUGGGAAAAGUUUCAGUCAGAAUUCCAGCCUGGUGAUACACCAGAGAACUCACACAGGUGAAAAACCCUUUGAAUGUUCAGAUUGUGAGAAAAGUUUCAGUACCAAUUCCAGCCUGGUGAAACACCAGAGGACUCACACAGGAGAGAAACCCUUUGAAUGUCCUGAUUGUGGGAAAACUUUCAGUCAGAAUUCCAGCCUGGUGAAACACCAGAGGACUCACACAGGCGAGAAACCCUUUGAAUGUCCUGAUUGUGAGAAACAUUUCAGUACCAGGUCCAGUGUUGUGAUACACCAGAGGACUCACACAGGAGAGAAACCCUUUAAAUGUCCUGAUUGUGAGAAAAGUUUCAGUACCAGGUCCAGUGUUGUGAUACACCAGAGGACUCACACAGGAGAGAAACCCUUUGAAUGUCCUGAUUGUGAGAAAUGUUUCUAUACCAAUUCCAGCCUGGUGAUACACCAGAGGACUCAUACAGGAGAGAAACCCUUUGAAUGUCCUGAUUGUGGGAAAAGUUUCAAUAACACGUCCAGCCUUGUGAUACACCAGAGGACUCACACAGGAGAGAAACCGUUUGAAUGUCCUAUUUGUGGGAAACGUUUCAGUAACAAUUCCAACCUGGUGAUACACAAAAGGACUCACAGAGGAGAAAAGCCAUUUGAAUGUCCUGUUUGUGGGAAAAGUUUUAGUCAGAAUAACUAUCUGGUAAUACACCAAAGGAUUCAUACAGGAGAGAAACCCUUUCAGUGUCUUGAUUGUGGGAAAAGUUUCGGUAAGCGUUCCCACCUCAUUAGCCACCAGAGGAUUCACACAGGAGAGAAACCCUUUGAAUGUUCUGAUUGUGGAAAAAGUUUCUCUCAAAGUUCCCAGCUCAUGAUACACCAGAGGACUCACACAGGAGAGAAACCCUUUGAAUGUCCUGAUUGUGGGAAAAAAUUCAGUCACAAUUCUAGUCUGGUCACACACCGGAGGACUCACACAGGAGAGAAACCGUAUGAGUGUCCUGACUGUGGGAAAGAUCUUAGUACCAGUUUCUGUACUAAUUCUAGCCUGGUAAAACAUCAGAGGAUUCACACAAGAGAGAAACCCUUUGAAUGUCUUGUUUGUGGGAAAAGUUUCAGUAAAAAUUCCAGCCUGGUGAUACACCAGAGAACUCACACAGGAGAGAAACCCUUUGAAUGUCCUGACUAUGAGAAAAGUUUCAGUACCAGGUCCAGCCUUGUGAUACACCAGAGGAUUCACACGGGAGAGAAACCGUUUGAAUGUCCUAUUUGUGGGAAAAGUUUCAGUCAGAUUUCCCACCUCAUGGAACACCAGAGGACUCACACAAGAGAAAAACCCUUUAUAUGUCCUGACUGUGGUAAAAAGUUCAGUCACAAUUCCAGCCUGGUUCAACACCAGAGGAUUCACACAGGAGAGAAACCGUUUAAAUGUCCUAUUUGUGGGAAAAGUUUCAGUCAGAAUUCCCACCUCAUGGAACACCAGAGGACUCACACAAGAGAAAAACCCUUUAUAUGUCCUGACUGUGGUAAAAGGUUCAGUCACAAUUCCAGCCUGGUUCAACACCAGAGGACUCACACAGGAGAGAAACCGUUUGAAUGUCCUAUUUGUGGGAAAAGUUUCAGUCAGAAUUCCCACCUCAUGGAACACCAGAGGACUCACACAAGAGAAAAACCCUUUAUAUGUCCUGACUGUGGUAAAAGGUUCAGUCACAAUUCCAGCCUGGUUCAACACCAGAGGAUUCACACAGGAGAAAAACCGUUUAAAUGUCCUGACUGUGGGAAAGGUUUUACUCAGAAUUCCACCCUGGUUCAACACCAGAGGAUUCACACAAGGGAGAAACCGUUUGAAUGUCCUAUUUGUGGGAAAUGUUUCACUCGGAGUUCCCAGCUCGUGAUACACCAGAGGACUCACACAGGAGAGAAACCCUUUAAAUGUCCUGACUGUGGGAAAAGUUUCAGUCAGAAUUCCACCCUGGUUCAACACCAGAGCACUCAUACAGGAGAGAAACGGUAUGAGUGUCCUGUUUGUGGAAAAAGUUUCAGUUGGAAUUCCAACCUAGUGAUACACCAGAGAACUCAACACAGGAGAGAAACCAUAGAAGUGUCCAGACUGUGAGAAAGAUUUCAGUAUUAGGACUAGCCUUCUAAAUCAUGUCCUUAUACACACAGGGGAGAAACUAUUUGAGUGCCCUAUGGACGACGCUUCAGGAAACCUUCCACCCUUAUUCCACACAAGAAAAUCCACAUGAGGCCCCAAGCAAUGAGUGUAGAGAAGGCUUGAAUUUCAUUUCUAUUGGUGCCCCCAACCGUGUAUUAAUCAGGUUCAACUGUGCUUAACCCAGCACAUUUUUUUUAACAAUAGCUAUUGAAUGUUCUGACUCUUCAGUUGUAUUUAUUUAUUUAUAAAAUAUAUUGGCCACCAAGUUUA